AUUGUGCGCUGCGCUCCAUUAGCAUCUCCAGCUUCUAUAGAACACCUAAUAUUUGCAUACCUUCGAGCCGCUUACAAACUAUAUAGGAGUAUCCGCAAACCCAACCAAACAAAACCUUUUCACGUUAUUUCUUAAGUUAGGCUUGAAGUUCUGACGGGCUUUCGGUUAGACCACGACACUUUCCGUCUAUGAAUUCUCUUCUGGCCAGUUAGCUUCACUAGCAAGAAGCCUAGAGCUUUACUCUUGAAAUAUAUUUAAAAGCUGUUUAGGUUACAGCAACCUCAAGCUUUGCCGUAGCUUGCAAUACUCCUAGCGGAGGAUGUGCGGAUAGACCUUGCAUAAGUUUUGGCUGUCGACAUGUCCUGGACGUCUACGCUUACGUUCACAGAAACGUAUAGGCUCCUGAAUAUAGAAGUGUUUCUCCACUUGACCAUAUCGCCUAAGGACUGGCUACAUGGACAUGGACUCGGGACGCUGGACUUCUCGUCCAGUUUUGGCGACGCAACCACGCGGCUCAUCUGUCCUACAUUUGCCAGCCUCCCAGCUGCCCAGAGUUUCGGGUACCUCAACAGCUGAAUCUGCUCUGGUCGGGCCCCAUGUUCCAACUGAGUUACAGCCUCAUGCCGAAGCUAUGGCUUUACGCACGGCGUUCCUCGCUUACAGCCGCCUCCAACAGCAGCCGACGUCCACGUCUCCCUCACCCCAGCCGAGCUCCAUGUCCGUUAGCCCAGCAGGCGCCCCUAAUUCUUCCCGGACCCCAACAAACGAUGGCUGCGGCCCCGGAGGCUCUUCUGGAGCCGGGCCAGGGGGCAGCGCGGGUGGAUCCAGCGGCCCUAGCAUGAGCAUCAACCAAUGGAUGCGGCUUUGCUCCGACUUGGGCCUGCCAGACAGCCUGGGCGGGCCGCUGCCCAGCACCGUGCUCCAGACCGUGCACGGCGCCUACCGGCUGCACCAGUCCUCUCGCCUGCACUACCUGGGCUUCGUGCAGGCUGUGGCGGCCCUCAGCAGCCAGCUGCGGUGCGAGUUGCUGGGGGCGGUGGGGCGGCACGGCGCGGCGCUGCUGGAGUUCCAGCGGCACCAGUGGAAGUUGCAGCUCCUGCAGCAGCAGCUGCAGCUGCAACGGCAGCAGCAGGGCUCGCAGGGGCAGCUGCAGGGGCCGGGGUACAUGGCACCGCGAGGGGUCCGAACGUCGAAGCCCUCGUGUACGGGCGCGGGGGAGGACCCGGCGGACGCAACGCUCGAGCUGGCACCGCAGGACGUUGCCAAGGAGCUCGGCACCCUGUUGCAACUCAAGGAAACGCUGCAGAAGCAUGCAACGCAGGACGGGGCCGAAGGCUCAGCAGAGGGCGGGGCUGGGGCCGCGGCGGCCGGGUGGAUGCCGCGCGAGCCGCCCCCGCUGCCGCCCCCCAUCCUGCUGCCCGGGGAGCUGCCGCAGCAGCCGCCGCACGCCGCCAACCCCGCGUACGCAUACAUCGCGAGCGGCCUGGGAGGGCUGUACGGAGUGGGGCUUGCGGUCGGCGGGGAGGGCCGCGUUGGAGGCGCGGCAGGCAGUGGUGUCGGCCGGGGCGUUUCCAGCAGCAGGUGCCAGCAGCACCUGCCGCGGAAGCACCCGCAGCAGCAACACAACUUAGGGAACUGGGUGCGGGGCAGCCCGGAGGCGGCUGCGGCGGCUUCCGCGGAAACCUCGGCAGCAGCAGCAUCUGCCGGCGGGAUUACAUACUUGCAGGGAGUGCCCCGCAGCAAGCCCUACGCACCGCAGCUACGGCCUCUCCGCUUCAUGCCGGCCGGCGACCCGCCUGACCCAGGGGUCGCUGACAGCGUGGAACCUGCCCUCGUUGACGACCCCGACUCCCAGUCCUCAUCCCUCAAUAAUGGCUCCUCCAGCCGAGUUCGUGGGGUGGACGCCGAUCUUGGGUUCCCUCUGUCAAUCGCAUUGGGGAUUCGGAGUCUGACCGCGGGUGCCUCCCACCCCUCAGCAGUCGUCAGGGCCGGUGCCAGCACCAGCCGCAUCAGCGGGGUCGUCCCUGCUGGGGACGCGGCUUCUCAGAUCAGGCUGCCAGCAGUGGCGGGCGCCUCGCGUUUGACUACUGGAGAAGCGCCGGGUCUCGCCCCGGCAUCACUUGCCUCGUUUGACAGCGGCGGCAGCAACGGAAGCAACGGCGGAGGUGGUAGAGGCGGGGGUGCGGCGGCGGCUGCGCCGGCUGCACACGGAACGUACGUGAUGGCAGCCGACAACGGGGGUGAAGUCGACAGCGGGUUGGUUGCGGUGCUAUUGGCGCGGUUGGAGCGGUUGGAGCGGUCGGCAGUGUCCCAGGAGUCGCGACUGGCUCGUGUGGGGUCCCGCCUGCAUGGGCUGGAGGUGGCUGCGGCGACGGCGCAGCAGCAGCAGGAGAAGGCGACGGCCGCGGCGGUGGCGGCAGCAGCGAAGGCGGCGGAGGACGCUGCCAGCCUGGCGAGCGGUGCGGGGGGUGUCAGGUCCGACCUGGAGGCCAGGCAGACAGCGCUCGAGCAGCAGCUCCUGCAGCAGCAGUCGCUGCUCCUGAACGCGCUGGCGACCGCGCAGGCGGCACGGGAGGACGCUGCCUCCGCCACCGCCGCUGCCGUACUGGCGGACUCGUCAGCGGAGGCUGCGAAGACAUUGGGGGAGGAGGCUAUGUCCCUAGCCGCCACCGCCGCCGCUCGAAGAAGCAGUGGCGCGAGCAUGGAUGAACGUCGUUCUGGUGUUACUUCCGCCACCGUUUCUGAAGUCUCAGAUCGGUUACUAAAACCGUUAAGGGCUGAAAUGGAUGAGCAGCUGCAGUCAGUAUUGGACAAGCACAGGACGUUGGACGAGCAGCUGCGCGAGUUGGUUGAGCAGCAACGGCGGUUGGACGAGCAAGUCGCGGCGCUGGCAGUGCAACAGCAGCACCUGGCGUCUGAGGCGGCGCGAGUGGCGGCGGUUGCUGCCCGGGUUUCUGCGUCGCCGGUAUCCCCGCAGCCGUCCGUUGCGGAUGUCGCGGAAGCAACGACAGCAGGCUCUGGCGCCGCCGCUUCUCCUGGUGCCGCCGCUGCCGCUACUCCUGCGGUUGGCAGCAAAUCUGGUGACGACAACGGCGCCAUUUCAAAGCUCGCAGCGAGUUUGGAGCAGCUACGUGACCAGGUACGUGAGCUGCACGCUGCGCAGGAGAGCGCGGCGGCGCUGGCGGCAGCAGCGACCGCCGCAGCGGCAGCGGCGCCAGGAGCCGUGGAGAGCAGUCGCGGCUCCGAGCCCCCACAUGCCAGGGUGAGCGAGGGCUGCGGCGGUUGCGGCGGCUGCGACAGCGGCUAUGCAACAUCCGCCUCGCUCAAGGAAGCUGAAGCCGCCUGGGGGAGGGCGCUUCGGGAGCAGAAGGAGGCGUUGGAGGAGCACCUCACAAAGGCCCUCAGGGAUGCUGGAGCGGCUACUGCGGCUGCAGCAGCGGCCGCAGUAGCGGCGGCGGGCAUGCCUCCGCUGGGCGCCUCCGCUGCACUGCAAGGCCCGGCGGCGGCUGUGGCAGCGGCCGCGCCGCUCAUGAGUAGGCUGUCGGCCGUCGAGGGCUUCGUUGCCGAUCUGGCGGAACAAUGUCGGCAGCUAUCUAAGCGGCAAAACGAGGCGGAAGCCGCCGCCGCAGCAGCAGCAACCGCAGCCACAACGGGGACGGCGGCAGAGCCUCCGGCUACAGCUGCUCAGGUGAAGGAACUUUCCGCACAUGUAGAGAAGCAGUACGAGCAACUCGGCGUGCGGUUGACUGGCUUCAAGCUUCAGUUGGAAGAUCUUCGUCAGCGGGUGGACAUCUCCGCUGCAGCACCUAGCGCGACGUGCAUACCCCCACCAGCUACAGAAGCAUCAGCGCCCACAGAAACAGCCGCUGCCGCAGCAGCAGCGGGUGCCGCAGGACUUGCGCAGCCCCGCACACGCACGCCCUCGCCGCCGCGACCCGAGCUGCCCCUCGCGCGGCAACCCUCAUCGCCGACGGAUGCAGCCGCCAGCGGUGACGCGGCCGCCUCCAGUGCAGCUUGGGAUUCUGCUGAGCUACAGCGCCGCUUGGACUCCUUGGCGGCCGAGCUGCGACACAGCCUGGAAGCCCUGUCAUCCUCCGUCAGCAGCCAGAUGGAGCUGUCGCGGUCGGAGGUCGCGGCGCUGGUCGCCAAGGAGGUUGCGCAGCAGCUGGCGGCAUCUCCCGCCCAGCAUGCGGACGCCUCCACAUCCUCGACGGCAUCAGCUGUGGGGGCCGCGCCGGUUCCUGACAGUGGCGGUGGCGGCGGUCCGCUGGUGGUGGUGGCCUCGCUGCAGGAGCGGCUGGCGGCGCUGGAGGCGGUGGUGACGGAUGCGAACCGGGAGGUUGCUGACGUGUGCGCCGCAACCGACAUGACGACUGAGAGCGUGGAGCUCUGCACCAAGCACCUGCAGGCGCUGGACAACGGCCACCGGGACCUGCAGAGGCAGGUGGAUGAGCUUCGACGAUACCAGCAGCAACAGCCAGCUGCUGGGACCGCUGCUGAUGCGGCAGACAUGUCGCGAGGCGCUAGGAGCAUGCACUCUCGACUCGACGCACUAGGCGACACGGACGGCGGCGACCUGGGCCCGGGCGGCACCGGCGCUCUGGCGGAGCUCAGGUCGCAGCUGGCUCGCCUGGAGGCUGCCAACCUGCCGGCGCGCCUGGAGACGGCGGAGGCGGCGUUACGGCAGCUGCAGGACGGCGCGCUCGCGAACAUCGCCGCAGCCGCCGCAGCCGCCAGCCGGGCAGCCUCAGCGACGCCUCCCUCCGCCGCCGCCAUGGGUCCCGACAUGGAGAAGCUGCGGCAGGUGCUGCUGGAGCUGGGCGGCCGGCUGGAUGGACUGGCGCAGCAGGUAUCGGAGCACGAGCACGGGCUGGACGUGCUGGCGAAGGCGGCAGAGACCGCGAGCGCCGUCAGUCGUGGUGCCGCGGCGAGGCUGGAUGUAGUCGAGGCUUCGCUGGCUGGUGGAGGUGGAGGGCGCAUGGGGCUGGCUGCGGCCGCAUCACGUGGCUCCUUCACGUCUGCGGGUCCACCUCCGGAGCUGGAGGGCAGGCUAGCGGAGGUGGAGAAGGGCGCGGCGACGCUGGCUCGAAGGCUGGAUGACGCGGUACGGCGGAUUGACGGCAUCGAUGGACGGCUGAUGGAGGCGGCCAUGGACGCCGCCGCCGCUAAAGCAGCUGCAGCGGCGGCGGGGAACCGGGCGAAGGCGGCGGUGGCGCUGAGCAGCGGACGUCGCAGCGAGGGCGGCACCGAGAUCGCGGCUGCGGGGCUGCCGCCCGGAGCGUACGAGGAGUCACCGGAUUCGUACGGCGUCAUAGAUGUUGGCGGCAGCGGCGGCAGUCAACGUGCGGGGUCCGGCGGCAGUGCUGAUGUGCAGCGGCUGGAUCAGGAGUGGCAGGCGCGGCUGAAGACAGCGAUGAAGGCUGUCGAGCAGCGCAUGCAGGCUGAUCGGGAGCGCACGGGUGAGGAGGUUCUGGAGCUGCAGCGGGGCCUGGGCCGCCUGCGCGACAAGGGCGUCACGACCGAUGAGCUGCUGGUAAAGCUGUCACGACGAAUGGACAAGCUGGAAGUCGAUCAGGGAGGCUCCGCAACCCCGUACUCCACCCUAGCACGCGAGCACCUAGCAGCAGGGAGCAGCUUCUCGGCCGUGUCGCACCCCAGCAGCAUGCGAUCACCGCCGCCGCUGUCGCCGCCGCUGGGGCCGUCAGCUUCCUCCCUGUCAGCCGGUCUGGGCUACCGGGCUGCUGCGGGGACGACGCCUGCGGACAUGUUGGAGGGCCGGUCAGCCAGCCGGGCUAACCUGCUAGCUGCGAGGUUCCGUGACGGGCCUGGAGGCUAGGCUGGGGAGCGAGGGCGGUGGAGCGGGAGAGGUGGAGGGCGUUGCUCUACACGCUGGCCGCGGGGAUGGCUUGCAUACGAGGCCUUGACGCUCCCGAGUACCCGUCACACGUGCUGGGUGUAUGCCAUGUCAAAGGGCAUGCGAACUUGCGCGGCGGGAUUCAUCCUUUGGAGGUUUUACGUU